AUGGUCAGCAGCAGCAGCAUACCACAGAAAAGGGAUCUGGAGCUCUCUCCCGAAGAAGCGUCGCUGUCUACGUCGCCGAAACAAGUGAAAGACGAGGAGAACGGCCCUAAGUACGAAGAAUGUCAAAACUACCUUGGAGCUUUGGAGGCGAUUCCGCGCAACCUGCGCUUAAUGUACCUCCACUCCUACCAAAGCUUUGUCUGGAACAACAUGGCCACCAAGCGGCUAAAACUCUACCACCCAACCCCCGUCAUCGGCGACCUCACCUCCGAACAAGCCGCCCAAUAUACCUUCGCCGACGUGGUCCUCCCUUUACCGGGCUACGACGUAGAAUACCCCACCCACGCCCUCCGCUCCUCCUACACAACCUUCAUGGCCCAACACAACGUCGACCCCUUCUCCAUGCACCGGAAACACAACACGGCCUCCCUCCCCGGUUCCUACCGCAAGAUCAUAUGCAAACCGCGUGAUGUAGCCUGGAAGUUGUUGAGGUACACCGACCCGGAGUGUGAUCUCGCCAUAACGGAUUUGGACAGGCUGCAGGGGAGGAAGGAGGUGGAGACGGUGGAGGGUGGGGCCAGGGUUGCGGUUGUGGUGGAGUUUACGUUGGGGUCAGAAUAA